GUCAUAACGUGCCAUCCCAUUUCACUUUUCUGUUCUUUUCAAAGACCGUGCUGACGGUCUGCGAAAAUUCCUUACAGAGCGGGUGGACGUCAAUGAAUUGCCUCCUCCGCUCCGGCAACAAUCCCGUCCAAUCUAGGUCUUACCAGUUUCUGAUUCAAAUACAAAAUCAAAACCCUAGCACAGACAUUGUCUGCCAGUAGCUGCAACGAUGCAAUUAGUCUAUCGGUUUGCAAUCCUCUCCUGCUCCCGACGUUGUCCGCUUUUUACCACCUCCAAUCAUCUGCGCGUUAAAUCCAAUUUCUCAACGUCCUCAUCCAAGGUGUCUCACUGUUUGGACGAGGACUGCGAUGAUUUUUUGCCGUGGUUGCGGAAGAAGGCAGGGGUUGAAAUUUCGACAGCGCUUUCAGUUGGAAAAUCCGCCCACGGCAGAUUGUUGUUUGCUUGUAAGCCCAUACAAGCUGGUGACUGCAUAUUUAAGGUUCCUUACAAUGUGCAAAUAGCACCAGAUCAUGUACUUCCUGAAAUUAAUUCUCUGUUUGGUGAUGAAAUUGGCAAUGUUGCAAAGCUUGCUGUAGUCAUUUUAACUGAGCAGAAAAGGGGUCAGGAUUCUGAAUGGGCCCCUUACGUUAGCAGGCUUCCUCAGAUUGAGGAGAUGCAUAGCUCUAUAUUCUGGAGUGAAGAUGAGUUGGAGAUGAUUCGGCAAAGCUCAUUAUAUCAGGAAACGAUUAAACAGCGAGCUCAAAUUGUUAAGGAAUUUUCAACGAUUAAACCAGCUGUUGAUCAAUUCCCGGAGAUUCUUGGAGAUGUCACACUUAAGGAUUUCAUGCAUGCAUAUGCUUUAGUUCAAUCUCGAGCAUGGGGAAGCUCAAAGGGCCUGUCUCUGAUUCCGUUUGCAGAUUUCUUAAAUCAUGAUGGGGUUUCAGAAGCAGUUGUACUAAGUGACGAAGAUAAACAACUCUCAGAGGUUAUUGCUGAUCGUAACUAUUGUCAUGGUGAACAGGUUUUUAUAAGAUAUGGAAAAUUCCCAAAUGCUACCCUGCUGCUAGAUUUUGGGUUUACGCUUCCUUAUAACAUUUAUGACCAGGUUCAGAUUCAGGUCGAUAUUCCUCAUGAUGAUCUUCUACGUGCAAUGAAGUUGGAACUUUUGCGUGGACAUCAUACGCCGGCCAUUAAAGAUGUCAACAGCUUCAAUUCUUCUGGGGAUUCGUUCACCAUCAAGGAAGUAAGGUCUACUAAAGGCAGAGGGAGGGGAAUCCCACAAUCACUUCGUGCAUUUGUGCGUGUUUUAUGUUCCACUUGUCCUCAAGAACUUGGCGAUUUUGCAACGGAAGCUGCACAAAAUGAUGGCCGGUUGGCUCGACGACCAUUAAUGAACAAGAGCAGAGAGAUCCAAGCACAUUGGACGUUACUCUCUAAAAUUUCUCAGUUAAUUGAGGAAUAUAAUACAUCCAUCGAGUCAUUGGGAUCUUUAUGUGCCUUGUCCACAACCAGCAAAUUUGUUGUUCGAAAGCGAAUGGCUCUGGAUCUUCUCACUGGGGAGCUUCGUGUCAUGAAAUCUGCAGUUGCAUGGCUGAAGAACUACUGUGCAACUUUGCAACAAACUGCAAGUAUUGACCAUAUUGAUUAUCAAAAAAUUCUAUAAAGUGAAAAGCCUUUUUUUUUUUAAUGAAAAAAAAAAAACCACAUAUUUUUGUGGAUUUGGAUACUUGCAUAGGUGUCGGUACAAAGAUUCCACAUCGGUCUUGCUUAUGACUAAACAUGAUUUAAUGUGUAUGCUUGAAUUAUUCUCUUCUUAACAUUUUAUUUUUGAGAAUUGUUUAGGUUGUUUAUUUAACUUUGGUACUUAUUGAUUGGAUAUAUCGCCUCUGCUAUUAGAAAUGAGAUGUUUUUUUUCUUG